AUGCUCCUCUUCUGCCCCCAAUGCUCAAACUCACUGACCGUCUCCCGCGCCCCCGAAACCGGCACUAACCGCCUCGAAUGCCGCACAUGUCCAUACCAAUUCCUCCUCGACCAGGCAUACUACGAGCGCAAGUCGAUGAAGCGGAAAGAGGUCGAGGAUGUACUCGGUGGAGAGGGGGCCUGGGAUAACGUUGAUCAGACGGAUGCGCAGUGUCCUGUGGAUGAGUGCGGGGGUACUAGGGCCUACUUUUAUAUGGUGCAGAUCAGGAGUGCGGAUGAGCCUAUGACUACGUUUUAUAAGUGUGUUUCUUGUGCGCACAAGUGGAGGGAGAAUUGA